AUCCCUUCUUUCCUUUUUUUUUUUUUGUGUGUUGGUUUUGGGGUUAUUCAUCUUUAAGUCUUCUUUGGUUGCCUUUUUGUCUCAUCUCUUUAUUUUCUCACGAAGAACCUGAUUCUUCGAGACACGAGAAACGAUUUUACAACUUUUCUCUCUUUAACGUCCUUCUUUUCUUUUUUACUUUUCUCUCUUUUCUUCUUUCUGUAAUCUUAAAAUCCAAGUGUGUGAAUUCUCCUUUUGUUUUUGCAGAGAUGUGGAACAAGUGAGUUUUUUUCUCUUUUUGGUUCUUCUCUCUCAAUCUGAGUCUGAGCUUCUUUCUUCUUUCUUCUUCUUCACCUCUGGUUUGAGUGGAGAUAGUAAUUGGAAAAGAAGAAUGGAAAUGGGUCGGCGAGAUGUGAUGAGACGUGGAGGAACCACUAAACAAUCUGGAUCUGCAAAAUCGAAGAAAGGAAUGUUGAAGAAACUUGGACUAGCUGAUGAAAAACCGAAACGAGAGAUGAUGAGCUAUGACUACAAGUUUCUUCACCAUCAUCAUCAUCAUCAUCAUCCUUCAGAUUUAGAAAACGAGGUUUCUAGGAAGAAAUCUAAGCUUCCAAAAAAGAAUUUGAAAGACACAACUAAUGGUGUGGAUCAUGCCUCUGUACCACGUAAGCUUCGUUCAGCCAUGAAGAAGCGGAAUCUUGAAUCUGUGUCUAAGUUCUCAUCCUCUGUCUCAAAGAGACUUAACCGGUCCAAAACCGGUAGUGACUCUUUUAACAAGGAGUUAGUAAAGAAGGAGAAUCAAGAAAUGGAAGCAAAAGCUAUUGUUCAUGAGUCAAUGAUGAUUUCGAAAGAUGAGAAAGAGGUUGCAGAGACUUUAUACGGUUUAGCUGGAAUGUUUACUCAGACUGUCUCUUUUGAUAGGAAGACUAGUGAUCAUGAGAAAGAAACUACCAAACUUGACUCUAUUUUGGUUGUGGAAGCUAACCAUGCAAAAGCUGAAUCGCGUGAACCGGCGGUUUCAGUUUUCUCUUCAGCCAAAACUAAGCAGACUGAUGAUGCAAAGCCAUUGGUGCAAUCUGAUAACCAGCUCAGCCUAACAGGAAUGUUUGAUUUUAUUGAUAGAUUGAAGCAAAUCAACUCAGUGAAUGUGACUGAUGAACCUGCAAAAACCCUUGAAACAAAGGUUGCAACUAGUGACAUGGACUAUAAGAGCAACGGUCUUGCACUGUGGCCUGGCUUAUCUUCAACUGUUCAUUCAGGAGCUCAAGUUCUUUCAAAACCAUCAUCUACAAAGCUUCCACCCUGGAUGGGUCAAGCUGCUUCUCCUUCCAGGACUGCUUCACUCUUGAGUGAACCGUUAAGAGUCCAGCCAAGAAAGUUGAAGAAAUGUGCCUCUCACAUUUACAUUUCCCGUCUCAUUAAAGUAUUACAGACCAGUAAGAGUAGUCCCACGACACUUAACCAAAUUGAGCAAAGAUCUUCAGAAAUGUCAGAACGCAGACUCCCUGAUCCGGUGAAAACCAUUAGUGACUUUAAAACAAAGGAAUCUCCAGCGAAGAGGUACCAAACCCCGCAUCUACGUCUUCUCGAGCUACACAGGACACAUAACCCGAAACCUAUGCCAGAAGACAGGACUCAGCUUGCUCUUGAUCUCAAUGGUCCACAAACUUCACAGAAACAGAGCUAUGAUUUCCUAACUCUAGCAUCUUCUGGAGCAACACAAUCUCAUUUCCCACUUCCAAACUCAUUUCCACAGUAUCUCUCAGCAGCUUACAAUAGCCAACUCUCACCUGCAACUUCUAGCCAUCAGGUGCAGCAGCUUUCUCCAUAUCUAGCCAGUCGAUUCCAAAUCGCUUACAAUGCAAACCAGCAGCAGCAGCAACAGCUUCAAAAAAAGCUAUGGGCUGCUCAGUACAGACCAACAAAUGGGAACACCAUGCAAUCAAACCAAUACAGUAAACCAAACCUCUCCUUGAACCUGACUAGUAUUCAACAGCCUCUCCAAGUUGCUUCCUCCCCAAGGUACACCAACAAUGUAUCUCAACAGCAACAUCGUCUCAUGGCUGCUGCUGCAGCAAUGUCAAUAAGCCAUCACCAUAACAACAAUCCUUCACGAACGAUGAUGAACAGACAAGAACACCAUAUGCCACAUAUCUAUGAGGAUACAAGGACACAAUUGCAACUACUCUGCAACGAGCAGUCGUGAAGCUGCCUUGCUUUGCUUUAUAGUUAAAUAGUUCUCUUAAGGCUUUUACAGAUGGUUUGAGUGGAAAAAAAAACAGAGAUCUGUUUCUGUCCUCGCCGGAAUCGGAUAUACAAGGAUUGUCAGUGAGAGAUGACUGAAUCCCACUCGUUUGAGAAAAAAACAUUUAUUGUCUUUUUAUGUAAAUGAUCCAGGAGUUGUCUAAAGGAGCAAAUUUUCUCAAAGUGAGACAGUCACUCUUUUUUUU